AUGGGCCGCCUGGAUCGGCUGCUCGUGGAGAACUUCAAGUCAUGGCGCGGCCGCCAGGUCCUCGGGCCCUUCCGCGGGUUCACGUGCAUCGUGGGCCCCAACGGCUCAGGCAAGUCGAACGUGAUGGACGCGCUGAGCUUCGUGAUGGGCGAGAGGAUGAGCAACCUGCGCGUGAAGAGCAUCCAGGAGCUGAUUCACGGCGCACACGUGGGCAGACCCGUGGCGACCAGCGCCAGCGUGAAGGCCGUGUACGUGGAGGACGGCGGCGAGGAGAAGACGUUCGCCCGGAUCAUCCGGGGAGGGUCAUCAGAAUUUCAUUUUAACGAUAAGCCCGUCAGUCGUUCUGCCUACACAGCAGAGCUGGAAAAAAUUGGCAUCAUCGUCAAAGCCAGGAAUUGCCUCGUUUUUCAGGGUACCGUAGAAUCCAUUUCAAUGAAAAAACCCAAAGAAAGAACUCAGUUUUUUGAAGAAAUUAGCAAUUCAAAGGAGCUUAUCGAGGAAUAUGAGAGAAAGAAGAAGAAGGUACAAAAAGCUGAAGAGGAUGCCCAGUUUAAUUUUAAUAAGAAAAAGAACGUGGCUGCUGAGCGCAAACAUGCCAAGCUAGAGAAGGAAGAGGCUGACCGCUAUCAGGUCCUCCUCGAGGAACUGAAAGAGAAGAAAAUACAAUUGCAGCUUUUCCAGCUUUAUCACAACGAAAAAAAAAUUCAGUUUCUGAAUGGUGAAUUAGAUGAAAUGAACAAGGAAUUGGCUCUCACAAAAGACUCCCUUUCUGUUGAUGAAAACAUAGUGAAAAGCAAGAAAAAGGACCUUGGAAAAUUAACCAGAGAGCUUCAGCAAAUGGAAAAGGAAAUGAAAGCUCUUGAGGCAGUGCUGAACCAGAAGAGGCCCCAGUACAUCAAGGCCAAGGAAAACACCUCACACCACCUCAGGAAGUUGGAGACGGCCAAGAAGUCCAUCAGAGUCAGUGAGAAGCAGUGCGCCAAGCAAGAAGAUGACAUCCAGGCCCUGGACAGAGAACUGCAAGACCUAGACAGGACCUGGAAGAGUUUUGAGAAGCGGAUUGAAGAAGAGCGGCUGCAGCGGGGGCGGGACAUCGAGCUGGAGGCCAGCCAGCUGGAUCAGUACAAAGAGCUCAAGGAACAAGUGAUCAAGAAGGUGGCAACCAUGACCCAGCAGCUGGAAAAGCUGCAGUGGGAGCAGAGGGCGGAUGAGGAAAGACGGGCAUUUGGGGACAGGAGGCGAGCAGAAGUCCAGGGAAAUUUAAAGCAAAUAAAGGAACAAAUCGAAGAUCAUAAUAAACGCAUAGAGAAAUUGGAGGAGUACACAAAGGCAUGCAUCGAUUGUCUGAAGGAAAAGACGGAACAAGAACAAGCCCUCGUUGAGGAGAUCGAACAGUCCAAAGUCAGAAUGGCCGAAGUGAACGACGAAUUGAGUUCUAUUGGAGGGGAGUUACAGAAUGCCCGCAUUGAUCACCAUGAAGGAAAGCGUCAGCAAAAGAAAGCUGAGGUUCUUGAGUUCCUGAAAAGGCUUUAUCCCGAGUCUGUGUUUGGCAGACUCCUUGAUUUAUGUCAUCCCAUUCAUAAGAAGUACCAGCUUGCUGUGACCAAACUUUUCGGCAGGUACAUGAUAGCUAUUGUGGUAGUUUCUGAGAAAAUAGCCAGAGAUUGCAUUCGAUUCCUGAAAGAAGAAAGAGCUGAGCCUGAGACAUUCCUUGCUCUGGAUUACCUUGAUAUCAAGCCCAUCAACGAAAGGCUCAGGGAGAUGAAAGGCUCCAAGAUGGUGAUAGAUGUUGUGCAGACCCAGCUUCCACAGCUGAAGAAGGUCGUCCAGUUUGUGUGUGGCAACGGGCUUGUGUGUGAGACUGUGGAAGAGGCACGGCACAUGGCCUUUGACGGCCCUGAGCGGCUGAAGACGGUAGCUCUUGAUGGAACAUUGUUUUUGAAAUCUGGCGUCAUUUCUGGAGGCUCGAGCGACUUAAAACUCAAAGCAAGGCGUUGGGACGAGAAGGAGAUAAACCAACUGAAGGAACGACGAGACCAACUCAUCAGUGAGUUCAAGGACUUAAUGAAAAUAAGACGCAAAGAAACAGAUUUGAAACAAAUACAGGCUUUGGUACAAGGAACUCACACCCGACUCAAAUAUUCUCAAAAUGAACUAGAAACAAUUAAAAAGAAGCAUCUGGCCGGUUUUUACAAGGAACAGUCCCAGCUACAAAGUGAAUUACUGAACAUCGAAUCGCAGUACGCAAUGCUGAGUGAGGGCAUUGAGGAACGAACACAAAAAAUCACCCAUUUUCAAGAAAGGAUAGAUAAGGUGGAAGAUGAAAUUUUCCACGACUUCUGUGAAGAAAUUGGUGUAGAAAAUAUUCGUGAAUACGAAAACCAGCAUGUGAAGCAGCAGCAAGAAACUGACAAAAAGAGGCUCGAGUUUGAGAAGCUGAAAACUCGCCUCAACAUUCAGCUUGAAUACAGCCACAAUCAACUGAAGAAGAAAACGCAGAAGGUUUCUGCGCUCAGAGAAGCCGUCCUUAAAGACACGGACGCCAUUGAGAGUCUGAAGAAGGUGGAAGAAAGCUGCCUGCAAGUUGUGGACGAGCUCAUGGCUCAGCGGCAGCAGCUGAAGGACGUGUGUGUCACCCAGAACACAGACAUUGAACAGCUGCAGGGCCAGGUGGAGGAAGCACGCAAGAAGCUUUUGGCCGUCAGUAGGGAGGUGGGCAAGAUGCAGAAGGAGACGGCAGCCAUCCAGACAGCCCUGGAGCAGCAGCGGCUGGAGAGGCACAACAUCCUGCUGACCUGCAAGGUCCAAGACGUCGAUGUCGUGCUUUUGUCAGGCUCCCUGGACGAGAUCAUCCAUGUGGUGGUGGGCACAGAAGCCGAGAGCACGCAGAGCGCUGUCGCCAUCUACGAGCAAGAAGCAGCCCUGCAGAUAGACUACAGCAGCCUCCAAGAGGGCCUGAAGGGUCUGCAGUCUGAUAAGGAGAUCAAGGCACAGUUGGGGCUCCUUCAGCAGCAGCUGGCCACACAAGAAGACGUUUUACUGAAGACCACCGCCCCUAACCUACGGGCCCUGCAGAACCUGCAGACAGUCCGCGACAAGUUCCAAGAGUCCAUAGAUGCUUUUGAGGCCAGCAGAAAAGAAGCCAGAAUCUGCAGGCAAGAGUUUGAGCAGGUGAAGAAACGGAGAUACGACCUUUUCAGCCAGUGCUUUGAGCACGUCUCGGUGUCCAUUGAUCAGAUAUACAAGAAGCUUUGCAGAAACAACAGUGCCCAGGCAUUUCUCAGCCCAGAGAACCCAGAAGAGCCUUAUCUGGAGGGCAUCAGCUACAACUGUGUGGCGCCAGGGAAGCGCUUCAUGCCCAUGGACAACCUGUCGGGGGGAGAGAAGUGUGUGGCAGCGCUGGCGCUCCUGUUUGCCGUGCACAGCUUUCGCCCGGCACCGUUCUUUGUCCUGGAUGAAGUGGAUGCGGCCUUGGACAACACAAACAUAGGCAAAGUGUCAAGCUACAUGAGGGAGCAGACCCGCGAGCACUUCCAGAUGAUCGUCAUUUCCCUCAAGGAGGAGUUCUACUCCAAAGCAGAUGCGCUAGUGGGGAUCUACCCAGAGCAAGGGGACUGCAUGUUCAGCCGAGUCCUGACCCUGGACUUGUCUUUGUACCCGGACAGUGACAACCGGGAACAUCGAGGCAGGCGCCGAGAGAGCCGCUCGAGGCCCACCUAG